AAAACUCAGGCGGAGGAAAGAAAAGUGAAACAGAAGUGUAACAGGAGGGAAACGAAGAACAUUCCCAGAGAGAAAUAAAAAGGCAGGAGCUCAGAACUGAGAAAGUGCUCUCAACACAGAGAGUUUUUGCUGCUGAACAUCAUCUCCAUUGAAGUUCCUGGUGUGAAACACACAUACCAGGGGUGAAAGUUUAAGUGUCAGAUGUGGCAGCAGGGUGUGAGAAUGUCACUGAGCUCUCUGAUCCUCUUCUUGGGAAUCAUUGCAACCACUGCUGUGACAGCUCAAGAUAACUAUGAGUGGACCACAUGGUUCAAUGUUGAUCAUCCUGGAGGUCGUGGAGACUAUGAACAGCUGGAUGCCAUUCGUUUCUAUUACCGUACCCGAGUAUGUGAAACGCCAAAGGCAAUCGAAGCCAGAACCACUGAAUGGGUCCCAGCACGUGAUACUGGGGAGACAGUCCAUGCAGACCCAACGGUGGGCUUCUGGUGCCUGAAUGAGGAGCAAGGUCCCCAACGCAACUGCUCCAACUAUGCAGUCCGUUUCCUUUGUCCAAAAGCACAUAAUAGCAUUAGCAUUCAGGGGACCUGGGGACCAUGGUCAGACUGGAGCCCCUGUCCUGCCCUAUGUGGUCAAGUGGGGGUGCAACUUCGCUAUCGAAACUGCCAGACUGACUCGCUGCCUUGCAGUGGGCCUAAAUUAGAUGGGAAAGCAUGUAGUGGAGCUGAGUGCCCAAGAACAGAUUGUUCCCUGCAGUGUGUGAUAGGGCGAGUGAACUCCGACUGUGAUGCAUGCACGUGUGAAGAGCACAUAAUGUUGGGUUCUGUACGCAGAGCUGGUGGCCUCACUGCUGAAGGGGCUACCAUCCUUCGCUAUGGCAAAUUCCUUACCCUUACAGACCACAACGGACAUUUCCGCAUUCCUGGUAUCUGCCCUGAUGGCAACACAACCCUGACUGUCAGCCUCCAGGGUCAUGCACCCCUUGAUGUUGUUGUGCCCAAGAGCAGUGAACGCACCUCAGUCCUUAGUAUCCAGCUGAAAAGAGCCGAGAAACUUCAUGUGUUGAGCAACCCUGAAAGCAAGGUCAGGAGGGAGGGACAAAGUGCUGCCUUCUGUUGCAAAGUCACAGGAACGCCACAGCCGGAUAAAUACCAAUGGUUUCAUAACAACACUCUCAUGGAGGAGCAGUCAGAAAGCACCUUGGUCAUAAGAGAUCUGCAUCCUGAGCAGUCCGGGGAGUACUACUGCAGAGCAAGUGGUCCGACUGGGGCUAUUAAAACAAAACCAGCUACUCUCAAAAUUUUAGGCAGAGAUGAGCAUUCAUGCAACCCCAAGCCUGAAUCCCACCUCAUCCGCCUUCCACAUGACUGCUUCCAAAACAGCACCAGCUCAUUCUACUACGAUGUGGGCAAGUGCCCCCCAAGUAGAUGUGCUGAACAGCUUGACAAUGGCAUCAGGUGCAAAGACAAAGUGGCUUACUGCUGCGGUGUGUCAAAAAUGGAGGAGAGACAGCUAAUGUGUCAGGGCUACCAACUGCCCACCAUGGUGGUGACCAAGUGUGGCUGCCAGAAAUGUAUGGACACUAAGGCCAUUGUGCAUGGUAGGGCCAUUGCUGCAGACAAUGGGGAACCAAUGAGAUUUGGGCAUAUUUUCAUGAACGGAGUCAGAAUCAGCCGUACAGGCUACAAAGGGACCUUCUCCAUCCAGGUCCCUCCAGACACAGAGAGGCUAGUGUUAACCUUUGUGGACAACAUGCAGAAAUUUGUCAACACCACAAAGGUGCUUGCAUUCAACACCAAAGGUGGGGCUGUUUACCAUGAGAUCAAACUUCUCAGAAAGAAAGCUCCUGUGACGAUCAGCUCCACAGAAACCAGUGCUCUGGAGCUCGGGGAGGUAGAGGGCCAGGAGGCAAUGGUUCAAAUCCAGAUUCCUCCCUAUUCCUUUUAUAAAAAGAAUGGAGAAGUUUUCACAGGUAACGUCAGUGCUAGUGUAACAUUUCUCGACCCCAGAGACGUCUCUACAGCUGCCGCAGCUCAAAGUGAUCUAAAUUUUAUUGGAAAUGAAGGUGAGACCCUACCACUGAGAACCUAUGGCAUGUUUUCAGUUGACUUCAGAGGUGAGGAAAACAAUGAGCCACUGAAUGCAGGUCAAGUGAAGGUUCUCCUGGACUCUGCUCAGGUUAAAAUGUCAGAGCACCUCAACACCAUGAAGCUGUGGUCACUUAACCCUGAGACUGGCCUGUGGGAGGAGGAGGGAAGUCUGCAGGUGGAGAAGAAGAGAAGAGGCAAAAGGGAGGAGAGAACAUUUUUGAUUGGUAAUAUGGAGAUCAGGGAAAGACGUCUGUUUAACCUGGAUGUCCCAGAGAACCGCAGGUGUUAUGUGAAAGUGAGGUCCUUCCGCAGUGAACGCUUCAUGCCCAGUGAGCAGGUGGAAGGAGUUGUGAUCAGUCUCAUAAAUAUGGAGCCCACAGCUGGCUACUCCACCAAUCCACGUGCCUGGGGCCGAUUUGAUAGUGUGGUCACCGGCCCCAAUGGAGCCUGUCUUCCUGCUUUCUGUGAUGAACAAAAACCUGAUGCCUAUACUGCCUACGUCAUGGCCAACCUUGGAGGAGAGGAACUGGAGGCUGUCUCUUCUGCUCCCAAACUAAAUCCCAACCUCAUUGGAGUGCCUCAGCCUUAUCUUGGCAAACUGAACUACAGGCGAUCUGACCAUGACGACCCCAGAGUGAAGAAGACGGCAUUCAGCAUCAAUGUAGCCAAACCAAGUCCCAACACGGCCGAGGAAGGUAAUGGACCAGUGUACGCAUUUGAAAACUUGAAAGAAUGUGAAGAGGCCCCAUUCAGUGCAGCUCAUUUCCGGUUUUCACGAGUGGAAGGGGAUCGCUAUGACUACAAUACAGUGCCAUUCAAUGAAGAUGAUCCCAUGAGCUGGACGGAGGAUUACCUGAGUUGGUGGCCCAAGCCUAUGGAAUACCGGGCCUGCUACAUCAAGGUCAAAAUCAACGGCCCGCAUGAGAUCAAUGUGCGGUCCCAUAACAUGGGUGGCACCCAUCCCAAGACAGUAGGCCAGCUGUAUGGCCUCCGAGACACUCGCAGCAUCCGUGACAUGGACCAAGCAUCUGUUUCAGCUGUGUGCCUGGAGUUCAAGUGCAGCGGGAUGCUGUAUGAUCAGGAACGUGUAGAUCGUACACUGGUGAAGGUGAUCCCACAAGGAAGCUGCAAGAGAGAUCACGUCAACCCAAUGCUUCAGGAGUAUCUGGUCAACCACCUGCCCCUAGCUGUCAACAAUGACACCAAUGAGUUCACCAUGCUGGCACCUCUUGACCCUCUGGGCCAUAACUAUGGAAUUUAUACAGUGACAGACCAGGAUCCCCGCACAGCCAAAGAGAUCGCACUCGGCCGCUGCUUUGAUGGUACUUCUGAUGGCACAUCUCGGGUCAUGAAGACCAACGAGGGCAUAGCUCUGACAUUCACCUGUGGAGACCGCGAGGUCACACGCCAGAGCGUCUUUCAAGCGCAGCAGAGCUCUCAAGGUCGGACAGUAGGAACAAGCGUCGUGAGAGGAGACAGCAGGCUGAACCGGCGCCGACAGAGGGCCAACACACCCCGCAGCAGUCGCAGACGUAGCACCAGAAAUCCUGAGGGAAAACGUACAAAAGCCAAAAAGUAAGACACCACAAGGAGAUCCAGGUUCAACAUGGGAGACGAGACGAAAACCUGCCAAGAUGGAGCGGAUGACGUUAACAUAUUUUGUUCUGAUGUGUAACUAAACAGUUACACCCAUUUCUUGCAUCUUCAUCUCAUGGAAGACAUACUAUUUUUCUCACUUUACAUUUUUAACAUUACUGUGGCAAAUAUUUACUUGAAAUUGUAAAUAGAGUAUUUAUUACAUAAGUAUUACCACCUUUAAGUUUUCUUUUAUGAUGUAAACAAGGACAAAAACAAAGUAUCCUUUUGACCAGUGAUUUAUUAAAUUAGAUGCUUAUAAAACACUGCAGAUGCUGUAUCUUCCACAUUAUGUAUCCAAUUGUCCAUGUAACAUUUAAACUGGUCAAUUGCUAAAAAAAAAAAAGAAAAAAAAAAAAAAAAAAAAACAAGAACAGGAGAAA